CAUAUCUACUUCCCUGAUUGAACGUCAUUGGUAGUUUCUACUAACAUUCUUUAUCAAAAGUUGUGAUUCAUAAUAUAGUUGCAAAACAAAAACCACACCCACACAAACCCUGAACAGCCACCGCCGCCUAUGCUUAUUAACAGCCCUGCAAAUCAGGAUAUCCCACAUUCCUCAUAUCCUCUCACAGGAUCAUGUGAACCGAGCGCACUCUCUAACAAGGAAGGUAAUGUAGAGAAAUUGUUGCCAUUCAGGACUCGGGCGUCUUAGUGAGAAGUUGAGGGAAAAUGGCAGCAGCAAUGUCAAGUAAACAAGAUCUUUUCUCGUGUUCUAUUUGCUUGGAUCUACUGAAGGAUCCAGUGACUCUCAGCUGUGGACACAAUUACUGUUCGGGCUGCAUUAAUGACUGUUGGGAUCAGGAAGAUCAGAAGGGAGUCUACAGCUGUCCUCAGUGUAGGCAGACUUUCACUACGAGACCAGUUCUGAACAAGAAUUAUAGCUUUGCCGAGCUUGUGGAAGAAAUGAGAAAGACGUGGCCUACAAUUCAGCCUGAUGCUCCCGCUGACGCUGGAGAUGUGGAGUGUGAUAUCUGCUCCGGGAGAAAACUCAAAGCUGUGAAGUCCUGUCUGGAUUGUCUGAUGUCGUAUUGUGAAACUCACUUUAUAGCUCACAAUGAGCUUCACCCAGGCAGAAGUCACUCAGUAGUCGAUGCCACUGGUCAGCUACAUGAAAGGAUUUGCUCUCGUCAUAACAAGGUUCUUGAAAUCUAUUGUCGUACUGAUCAGAGUUGCAUCUGUUAUUUGUGCCUGAUGGACCAACAUAAAGGCCAUGACACCAUCUCAGCUACAGAAGAAUGGAGUAAUGAAAAGGAAAGGCUGGGACAGAGCCAACGGAGAUGCCAGCAGACAAUCCACAAGAGAGAGAAGGAGCUUCAGGAGCUGAGGAGAGCAGUUGAGACUCUGAAGAGCUCAGCAGAGUCUGCAGUGGAACAUAGUGACCAGAUGUUUGAUGACAUCAUUCGCUCUGUUGAGAGAAGGCGCUCUGAGGUGAGAGAGCUGAUCAGAGCUCAGGAGAAGGCUGAGGUGAGUCGAGCUGAACAACUCCUGCAACAAGUGGAGCAGGAGAUCUCUGAGCUGAAGAAGAGAGUUGCUGAGAUGGAGCAGCUUUCACACACACAGGAUCACAUCCAUUUCCUCAAGAAUGUAGGGUCCAUCUCUGAUAUUCCUGGCAGUAAAAUUCCAACCAGCCUGAAUGUUAACUCCAACCUCUACCUUGAUCUGGUGAAAACAUCCGUCUCUGCACUGAAGAUGGAGCUACCUGUAGAGGAGAAAUUAGAGUCGAUCUUCAGUCAGGUUGCAGUCAAAAUAUCUGCAGCAGAUACGGAUCCUGAUCUCACAGUCAAAAGCACAGGGAGUUUAUUGUGGCUGCCCCCACUCAUGUCUGAACCAGUCACCAGAGAGGACUUCCGACAGUAUACGGAUCCUGAUCUCACAGUCAAAAGCACAGGGAGUUUAUUGUGGCUUCCCCCACUCAUGUCUGAACCAGUCACCAGAGAGGACUUCCGACAGUAUUACUGCCACUUCACACUGGAUCCCAACACUGCACACCGGCAUCUUCAUCUAUCUGAGGGGAACAGGAGGGUGGAGAGGAGAGAUGCGGCCCCACAAUCGUAUCAAUAUCGUAGAGACAGAUUCCAUAGCUUGUGUCAGGUGCUGUGUAGAGAGCGUGUGCCUGGACCCUGUUAUUGGGAAGUUGAGUGGAGUGGGAUAGGAGUUGAUAUUGCAGUGUCAUAUGAAACUAUAAGCAGGAAAGGAGCCGAAAAUGACUGCAGGUUUGGACACAAUGAUCAGUCCUGGAGACUUAAUGUAGAGCCUGGAUAUACACAUUUCGCCCACAAUAGUAGUAAACGCACUAAACUCCCUCUAGUGGCCAGCUCCAGAGUAGGAGUGUAUGUGGACCACAGGGCAGGGACUCUGGCCUUCUACAGCAUCUCUGACACCAUGAUGACACUCCUGCACAAAGUCCAGACCACAUUCUCCCACACACUCUACCCAGGGUUUGGGUUAGCAAAUGGAGCCAAAGUGAAGCUCUUGUGACUCACAUGCAUGUAGCACAUCUAUAUUCUGUUAUAUGGACUGUGUGUUAUUAUUAUAAUCAGGGCUCUGAAUUAACUUUUUUCUUCACCAGCCAAAAUGGAUGGUAGAUGUUAAUCUUACUAGCCAAACAUAUACUCACGAAUGGGUCAAAGUGCCUAGUGAGUUGGCCUUUUCUACCAGUCAAACGGAAAUUUCACCUUCAUUUGGCCGGUUGGCUGCUGUUAAUUUAGAGCCUUGAUUAUAAUAUAAUAUAGUACACAACAUCUCUUCACUGUAUAUUAGGGCCGGGUGACAUGAGAAAAUACAGAUCAUAACACAUUUUUUCCUGUUUUGAUGUGAUUUUUCAUAUUUGAAAGCAAUUUCUUUGAGUUUUUUAUAUUUGUCAUUAAGCAGCUGGUUGGCUAUGUGAAAUCUGUGUACUGGUCGAUAACGGUUGAAUAAUUUUAAACUUUGAGAGUUUUUUGUAUAACACCCCACAUGCAUAAUUAGUUUGAAGUAAUUCAUAACCUUAUAUUAAUCACAUUUCUGCAUUUAGAAAAGUUUUCGAUUGUUGACAUAUAGGCCCACUGUAGCUAUGCAGAUUGUUGACAUAUAUUUAAUAUCACUACAUUGUAUGUUUUUUGAAUGAUUGAACCCCUUCUCUGUCUUUUCCCAUAUUGCACUAAUAUUUCAGUCAUAUUUAAUAUUAUGCAGUUCUACAUAUGGUCUGGUGUUCUUUGAGUAAACUUCGGUAAUUUGAUUUCAAUACACUCACACUUCAUUAUUGCAAUUAAAGGUGGUGGACUGUGUUCAAUAAACAAAUUCAAAUUCAGAUGUCCAGAUAUCCGUCUUGUGGUGUAUAAUGGGAUGACUGUAUAACGGCAACUGUAAACAAACCCUCAAUGGCACUCACUAUUGAUACCAUUUGAAGUGGCCUUCAGGGCAUACAUACUACAGUGUCUUCCUGCAUGAAUACAAACAGGGCCGGAUUAAGAUAGUCUGGGGCCCCUAGGCUACAUGUUAAUGUAGGCCCCCCUGGAAGGCAGAUUUUGUGACAAAUUUACAUAG